AUGGAAGGCUACCACAUGGGUGACCUGGGCCGGACAUCGUACGUCUACUAUCUCAUUUCGUCUUCCCAGCAGCCCUGUGAGUGUAAAAACCGAGGCUCAGAGAGGGGAAGUGAGGUGUCCAGGGCACACAGUGAUGAGGACGCCUGGCUGGGACUGGAACAAAAGACCUCCUGGCUCCCGUCCCCGAGCUUUCCCCGGAGACAAACAGGACCUGAAGCCACUGAGCCAGAUGGAAUCCUGUCACUGCUGCUUGUUCUGCCCUGGGAACAUGGGGCAGGGGGCCCCCUUCCCAGCACUCCUGACAAGGCCACUUGUACCACACAUCAGCCAUGUUCCAGCAACCUCAUGACCCAGAUCAAGAACCAACUGGAACAGCUCGUCAGUAGUGCCAAUGCCCUACUAUUUCUGUAUUACCCGGCCCAGGGUGAGCCGUUCCCCAGCAAUGUGGACAAGCUGUGUGGCAGCCACAACUUGACAGACUUCCCACUCUUCCACGCUGACGACAAAGAGAAGGACAAGCUGGUGAAGCUGUACCGCAUCAUUGCCUACUUUAACACCUCCCUGGGCAACAUCAUGGAGAACGAGAAGACCCUCAACCCCAACGCCCAGAGCCUCCACAGCAAGCUGAGCUCCACGGUGGACACCUAGCUGGGGUUCCUCAGCAAUGUGCUCUGCUGCCUGUGCAAUGAGUACAACAGUGGCCAUGUGGACACGUCCUACAGCCCCUACACCUCGGGCAAGAACAUCUUCCAGAAGAAGAAGCUGGGCUGUCAGCUCCUGGGGAAGUACAAGCAGGUCAUCACUGAGCUGGCCCAGGCCUUCUAG